AUGUACAUCGUGUACAAGUAUACAAUAUACAGCGAUCUAGAUGCAUUAAAUCUAGAAAAAGAUGAUAAAAUAAAGCCAAACAGUUCUGGAAACUCUAAAAAGGACAAAAUUAGUGAUUUAAUACUAACAAUAAAAACUAUUCUGAGCAACAAAAUUGAAAGCAAAUUGCCUCAGUAUGCUGCUCUCAACCUUUUUAAAAUUCCAAGCUCAAAAAAAGCUAAAUUUGAGUCAAUUCUUGACGAAAAGUUAAAAAAAUUAGAAGAACUAUUUAUUGAAGAAAGAAACAUCUUCCGAGAAAUAGUAAAUGAUGCGGCUAUUAACAAUAGCCCAAAAGUAGAAAGAAAGCAGCAAUCCGAUUGCAAGACCGAAUCGAGCAAGCAAUCUGACUGGUCAGAGAUUGUAAAACGUAAAAUUAAAAAGAGCUCAAAUGUUCAACACGUGGCGAAUGUUCAACACGUGGUGAAUGUUCAACACGUGGCGAAUGUUCAACACGUGGCGAACAUCAACAUGUUGAAAACAAAGAAAAAAACACACAACACUAACAUAGCAAAUAUGAAAACAGUUAUAGGCACCCAAACUGAUAAACAAACAAAUUUGAAAGUGAUGAAACCUUCGCCAAAAAGAAAAGUUUUUUACGUUGGUCGAUUGGACCAACAAUGCACUGCAAAAGAGUUAAGCGAACACAUAAAUGGAUUGAAAAUUGAGGUGCUUGGUUGCUCAGCAAUCAAAAACUCAACUUUUAAUCGCCGCUCAAAGCAAGCUACAACAUCGAUCAACACACAAAACACGAACUCUGACAAAAUCGAUGUUCAACAGACAAGCGCUGCAUUCAGAGUUUGUAUUUAUGAAACAGACUCAGCUGAGUUCAUGAAUGCAGAAAACUGGCCAGACCAAAUCAUCGUCCGCGAAUGGUGUUUCAAUGAUCCGUCGGCAAAUGUUGUCAAUGACCUCUCUCAGGAAAUAAACAGCACAACAUCGUUUGUGGAAUUUUUCAAUAAGCACGAGCAACUCACUUCAACACCAACUAAAUCAAACAACACAACCAACAACAAUGUCAUCAACAACAACAUCCCGACCAAAUGUAACCAGAACUCAACUAAUGCUCACCAGCCAGGCAAGAAACACUUGAGAUUCAAGCCAUCGUUGGAGGAGUGCAGAAAAAGCAAACGAGGCGGAGGUGUUGGUGUGUUCAUAAAGCAUGACAUCAAAUAUGUUGUAAAUGAUAACAGUGCAUUUGAUGAUGAAAAUGUCGACGUUCUCUGUGUGGACAUUGAAUCGGGGCAUGCUUCAUCUAGGGGUGUGCUAAAACCCUCUCACUUCAAAAUUGGCAUUCAGUUAAAAACGAGAAUAAUAUAG